UGCUGCUGUCAGACAAAUGUGUGUAUGAUGAGAGAGUCAAUCAUGGCUGCUACCUUCGUACGGUGGCUAAAAAGGUUGUACGUUUUCUUGUUAAUAUGUCCCCUUUGUGUCCCAGCCUUUUUGAAUUUAGAGGAGCUGAAUGAGAUGAAAUAUGGGAUUCAAAUACUUCCCGAUCCCGUCAUUCUGGGGAAGACCAAGACAGAGGAGGUUAUGAUGGUGUCCAGUAAGUACAAGCAGCUGUAUGAGUGUCGACUUCCAGCCCAGGCUGUCCGGUUUCAUCAGGAUCCUGCCUCUGAGCCUGACUCACAGGGGUACACUGGGCCUGAGAUCCCAGACCUGCUCAGUCCAAUGCACAAUGCCCAGUGUCUAGUGAAGACGAAGGACUGGUGGACAUAUGAGUUCUGCCAUGGACAGUACAUCAGACAGUACCAUCUUGAAGACACAGAGAUCAAAGGGGACAUUCUCUUCCUUGGUUAUUAUGAAUCUGAAUUUGAUUGGAGCAAUGAAACAGCAAAGGCCUCCAAACAGCACAGGCUGAAGCGCUACCACAGUCAGACCUAUGUAAAUGGCUCUAAGUGUGACCUAAAUGGAAAUCCCAGAGAGACUGAAGUCCGGUUUGUGUGUGAAGAAGGCUCGGGUGACUACAUUGCUCGAGUGGAUGAGCCUCAGUCGUGCCGAUAUGUGCUGACAGUUCACACCAGUCGCACCUGCCAGCAUCCAUUCCUGCGGCCACCAUCCACUGCCAAGCCGCAGGGUAUUGUGUGCCAGCCAGCACUAAGUGCCCAACAGUACAUGGAUUACGUCAAGACUCAAGUCUCGGACACAAAGCGUAAAGUGGAGCAGAUAUCCGAGGAGCUGAGGAGUCUUGACGAGAUGUUGGCUGGUAAUGAAGAUGCAGAUGGAGCAGUGGAAGUGACAGCAGAAGAGACGUCACCCGCACCCAGUGAUGACCCAAACCAGUCAGACAGAAAAGAUGCUGUCGAUGUAUCUGGGGAUGCCGGGUCAGAGGAGGCAGAAGAUUCUGAAUUCUGGGAGGGAGUUACAAAGCCAAGAAGUUCAAAAACAACUGCGUCUCAACAGGAGGAUCAGGCAGCAGACGAUGGCUUUAACUCCCUUUCAGACAAUGAAGUCAUAGAUGAUGGUGAUGAAGUUGAAAAAUUCAACUUUAAAAUUAUCACUGACCCAGCAGACCUGAUGAAAUUUGUCCAACAUCUCAAAGAGAGUAACAGGAAGAAAGCACAAAACCAAGCCAAAAGCCUAGGAGAGAAACCAACAAGUGACAGGGUAACGGAGAAGCUCAGAGAAGAAGAGAAAGAGGAAGAUGAAGGCCUGCUACAGGAGUUUGAGGAUGAGAUGUCCGACCUUUCGGUGCCCUCGGAUAAGAUUGAAGAGAUAAAGGAGGAAAUGCAGAAGGAGUUUGACAACAUCAUAAAUGAGGCCCAGCAGGAAUUGGAGACAGAAGGUCUGAAAGGGGAGUUUGAUCGCACUCAAGCAACACAGACACUGGAGACAACACUGGACAAGCUGCUUGACCAUUUGGAGGAGAAAGACGUCCAGGACCCCGAGCAGCAAACAGCGGGAGUUCAAAGAGCCAGCGACCCAACGAGAGGCAGCCCCAGCCUGGCACCAAAGCAGCCAGACCAAGCGGCUGACGACCAUGUUAAGAUCAAAAUUACUAAGUAUAAGACGGGCAGCAGCCCUGAUGGGGAGGUCAAAGUUCAGGAGAUGGGCGAAGGAGACCCCCAGUGGCAGCACAUAAAGGACGUGGUUAAAGAACAGCUAGAGAAAGCAGGACUGAAGGCAGAAGGUAAAAUUGAAGUGAAGAUUUUGACGCGGAAAAAUGCAGAGGAGGCGGGUGAUCAGUGGCUGACUGAGGAAGAUACAAAGUCCUUCAGGGAGCUUCUCAUAAAUCUCCUGACUGGAGGCACAGAAGAGGUUUACAAAGAGCAAAAGAGGCAGCAGGAGUUGGAGAACAACUAUAGGUUUGUGUGGGGAGAGUCCCAGGAAGAGUCCCAGUCAUCCAGCACCUCGGACUCAGACGAUGUGGACAUAUAAGGUCAUUCAGUACAUUCAGUGCAUCUUUUGUGACGGUAAACUCCUGUGGAGACCAGCAGAGAGGAGGACUCUGACGUGCAGCCGCAAAUGGGGGGAAAACAAAAAAGAAGAAAGGAGCCCAUAUGAUUCAGUUACUGCUAUUAAACCUGGCAGAUGAUAUCAGCUCACCUGUUUGCAUAUUCAGAAAAUGUGUCUGUGUGUCAUGAAUAGGCAGUGUGUAUCUAUAGUAGGCACCAGUUACAUGUUGCAUGAUGAAAACUGCAACAUCUCAGCUGUAUAUGUGCAGCUGAAUAAAGUUAUGCAUUUUCCCCUUUUUGUGGGAUUCAGUUUUGAUAGAUGACUAUAAAAUGCCGAGUGAUUUACAAUAUGUACCUUUGUAGAAGUAUUUCAGUGAAUUUCACUGAAUAUUUGCAUCUAGUUCUGAAGUUGUCAGCAGCACACUGUGUCCACUUACUUCGUCUCAUGUUGCCAUUGACAAAGAAGUCAUUACCUUUAAGUGACAUGGGGCCAUGUCUCACCAAAGUAGAUGUUAAAUUUACUGUUUACUGAAAAGAUUGUGUGGAUAUGAAAAACAAAUGACAAAUACUCGAAGGUUCACAUUUCAAUUCCCACUUGUCUUUGAAACUUUCUGACAGGCUGCGUUUGGUGAUAAUCAGUAAACACAGCUGUAGAUUACACAAGUGUUUGUACACAUGCUGUGGCACUAUAUUUUUAGGAAAAGGUUCCGUAAAAUCAGAAUUUUAACAUUGUUUCACAAAAAUGUGAGGCUUCCCUUGGGUUGUCAUGUGCUGUUAAAGGUUUUCAAAAAGAAAAACACUUAGAGUGUGGGAAGAUAAAUCUCGUAAAGUGUGUGCUUUGUUUUUGUUUCUGACGAGAACUUCCCUAUAUUUGAUUUACCUUAAUUUAGCAAAGGAAAAUAAAGAAAGAUACAGUGUCCUUCAGAUUCAGUGUACCAGAAUAGUGAAUCAACACAAAACCUUUUCUAUGGAUCCUUAAGACGUGUGCUUAAAAGGGCUGAAUUUGUAAAGUUUGUGAAUUAUUGUGGCUACUUGGAACUCAAGAUGUACAUAAUUAUCGCAUAAAAAUGUUUUUGAAUUGAUUUGUUGUAUAUUAGUACAAAUUAAGUGGAAUUUAAGUUACCUGAGUAAACGUGUUUGUGCAAUCUGGCAAGGAAACUUCUUUUCACUGUGAAACAGUACAGUCGCACAGACUUUUUCCAAACAGACAAGUGAGGCAUUUGUUCAUAAAGAAGCCAGUGUCCAGAGGCUCAAGAUCAAACCGGCAGAGCAGAAAAACGCAAAGGGCAUUGUGGGUGUGUUUCUUUACUUUGCCAACUGAAAUUUAAUUUGUCUUCUCAAAGAAUUAAGAUGGUUCCACCCUUAAUGGUCUUACCUGAUCUGAGGCCUGUAUCAUAAAGUCACAUUCAUCAGCUAGCCCGCUGUCUUUAGGCUUAAUCAGCCUGGAUCACAAAGCUAGGUGUGCCAUAACACUGGUUUCUCUGCAGUAAUCCUUUUGAUCCUCACAUUUCACCUGUGCAGAUUAUUUGUUAACAGUGGCAAUUACAGUAUAGAGGCAGAAAAUACAAGAUAUUUAAAUCACUGUGUAUUUGAAUUGGGCUAUAUAACUGUAUUAGGAACACCAUUUUGGCUUUAUACUAUAUAUUUGACAAAGGUUCAUCCCUGCUGCCUUGUAAAUAUAAGUCUUUCAGCACCACUCUAUUUGUUCUUUUGAAAUAAAACAAAUACAAUAGGA